ACUCCGAAAAGCCUAGCCACGCGCCUCCUGCGUUAACCAAGAUCUUUUCCGCUUCUGCAAUCAUGACCGUCACUGGUAAUAAAGAAGUCAAGGCCGAGGGCAAAGUUUUGCCUGCAGUACCAGAGGCGGUACUGAAGAGGAGGAAACGCAGAGAAGUUGCCAAAGCAGCUCGUCUACAAACCUCCAUCAAAAAAAAAACUCAAUACCAUGAGAAGCGUCAGGAGAUCUUCAAGCGAGCAGAACAAUACUCGAAGGAGUACAGAAUUAAAGAGCGAGAGGAGAUCCGCAAUAUCCGAAUGGCUAAGAAAUUCGGUAACUACUACAUCCCUAGCGAAGCUAGGUUGGCUUUUGUCAUCAGAAUUCGUGGUGUGAAUCAGAUUGCCCCAAAACCAAGGAAGAUCCUCAAGCUUUUCCGCCUGAAGCAAAUUAACAAUGGCGUGUUCAUUAAAUUGAACAAAGCCACCACUAAUAUGCUUCGUAUCAUCGAGCCAUACGUUACAUGGGGUUACCCUAAUCUCAAGAGCGUCAAAGAGCUUGUUUACAAGCGUGGUUUUGCCAAGAUCAACAAGCAGAGAAUUCCAAUCACCAGCAAUGGUAUCAUUUCAAAAGGAUUAAGCAACAAAAAUAUCAUCUGCACUGAAGAUUUGAUUCAUGAAAUCUUCACUGUUGGUGACAAAUUCAAAUACGCCAGCAACUUCUUGUGGCCAUUCAAGCUCAACACCCCAACUGGUGGAUGGCGCAAGAAGACCAACAACUACGUUGAAGGAGGUGACUUCGGAAACCGUGAGGAAAAGAUCAAUGAACUGUUGAGACGCAUGGUGUAAUUUUAAAGAUAAAUAAUAUCUUUUUUAAAAUACCAACAAUGAA